AGAGAAGCAGCUAUUUGUUUAAUAGAGGCCGUCACCCAAAAACAUCUCUGAGCCUCCCUCAGACCGCCACACUCCAGGAGAGAGGAGCUGGAAAGCCUGAAGCCAGCUGAGGGGAACUCUGGAGCCUUGAGGCCAUCUUAGCUCUGUCUAGAAGAGAGCUGCCAUGUGCACGGGGAAGUGUUCGAAGUGCAUUGGGAUUACCCUGUUCCCACUGGCGACAUGUGCCAUCGUCUCCAACAUUCUCCUGUACUUCCCCAAUGGACAAGUUCUGCAGCUCAGCGAGAUAACCGAUCUGGUCUGGUAUUUCCAUGGCAUUCUAGGAGCUGGGAUACUGGUUAUUUUGCCGGCGUUCAUGAUGCUGGGAGCAGGAGGAACAGGAUGUUGCGCUAACAGAUGUGGGAUGCUGCUGUCAGUGAUCCUGGCUGUGCUGGGAUUUGCAGGAGGAGCAUAUUGUGUGGUCAUCUCCUCACUGGGGCUGAUUGGGGGUCCUCUGUGUGACACAGGUGAUGGAGAAUACCUCUACCCUUUCAGGAAUGACACUCUGAAAGAUAAUUACUUGUUCAACCAGACAACAUGGAGUAUUUGCAAAGAACCUGAAAACAUUAUCCUUUGGAAUAUUGUCCUUUUCUCUAUUCUCCUGGCCAUCGGUGUGAUUGAAGCUAUUCUUUGUUUUAUUCAAGUCAUCAAUGGACUUACUGGUUUCAUAUGUGGCACAUGUAUGAGGAGAAGAAAGACAAAUAUUUCUGGGAUGUGAAUGACCUACAGGGAAUGCCAGGACAAGCCCCGAGCUGCCGAUUCACAUACAAUAAGGACAGUGCACUGUACUGUAUUUGUGGGGGAACAACAAACCAAAAACAAAAUGUUCGGAGUUUUUGGGGGCAAAAUGAAUUUUUUAUAAAAGACAUCAGGGUGGAAAAGGGCUAGAUCAUUUAGAUCUGAGACUCCACAUUUUCAUCUCUGUAACUAUACCUGCUAAACCUCAGGUACUGGCAAAAACGUUAUUCUACCUGGUCCUGACUUGUGUAUUAAGCACAACAAUCUUCAGAUAAAAGAUCACCACUUGCCCUCUUGUGUAUGUGGGAGAUGGAACUGUUGUUAAUGUAUAUAUUUAUCAACUGCAUGAAGCAGGCACUCUCUGGCUGAUGUAAAUAACGUCCCAUCCUCUCCAGAUCCCACUGUGGCUCACCUGUCCAUUCCUAUUAACUUGCUAACUGGGCACUCACAGAUUUGAAUUAGGAUGAGCAGAGAAUAUACCAAGCAGAUUUUGAGACAUUGCAGAGGCAACUGAAGAACAGUUUUCAGCAUCCUUCAUCCACCCUGAAGCCAAAUACCCUUGUGCCAUUCAGUAGCU